CCCCUCCCGCCCGGGCUGCCAGCCUGCCACCCCUCCCCUCCCCGACUGGCGGGGAUUUGAGGAAUUUCUGCCGCCGGACCAGGAGCGCGUGGGGUGUCCUGGCUCCAGCUCUUCUUCUAGCUAGGCAGUACAGGAUAUUUACCCUUCCUCACCAUUUAGAGGGUCCACUGGAAGAGUUUAUCUUUGGGGUCUGCUUGGAAGCCUGGGAAGGGGCUACGUUAAACGUUGAAUGGGUUUGGUCUAGCGAUCAGGUUUCUUCCCCCCUGAUUCAAACUCCCCCAAAACCGAAUUCCUCCCAGUUCUUUGCGCCAAAAUUAACUGACCUAGGAGACUCUGUACUUUCUGACAGAUUUGCCCUACAACUUCUUGAUCUGAUGGAGGUAAAUUGUUUAACACUAAAAGACCUGAUCAACCCCAGGCAGCCCAGACUAGAUUUUGGAAUUGAAGAUGGGGAAAAUGCACAAAAGGAAAAUAUAUUUGUUGAUCCAUCAAGGAUGGCCCCAAAGACUCCAAUAAAAAAUGAACCGAUUGAUUUAUCGAAGCAAAAAAUCUUCACUCCGGAAAGGAAUCCUAAUACUCCAGUAAAGCUUGUAGACAGACAGCAGGCAGAACCAUGGACGCCCACAGCUAACCUGAAGAUGCUCAUUAGUGCUGCCAGCCCAGACAUAAGAGACCGGGAGAAGAAAAAGGGACUUUUCAGACCCAUUGAGAACAAGGAUAAUGUGUUUACAGACUCUCUGCAGCUUGAUGUUGGGGACAGCGCUGUGGAUGAUUUUGAAAAGCAAAGGCCAAGCAGAAAACAGAAGAGUUUAGGACUCCUGUGCCAGAAGUUUCUAGCUCGCUAUCCAAGUUAUCCCUUGUCAACUGAAAAAACUACCAUCUCCCUAGACGAAGUUGCUGUCAGUCUUGGUGUUGAAAGGAGACGUAUUUAUGACAUUGUAAAUGUGCUGGAGUCGCUGCAUCUGGUCAGCCGGGUGGCCAAGAAUCAGUAUGGCUGGCAUGGACGGCACAGCCUGCCAAAAACCCUGAGGAACCUCCAGAGACUGGGAGAGGAGCAGAAAUAUGAAGAGCAGAUGGCACACCUCCAACAGAAAGAGCUAGAUCUAAUGGAUUAUAAAUUUGGAGAACCUAAAAAAGAUGGCUAUCCAGAUCCUCAAGAUCAGCAGUUACUGGAUUUCUCUGAGCCCGACUAUCCCUCUUCAUCUGCAAACAGUAGAAAAGACAAGUCUCUGAGAAUCAUGAGUCAGAAGUUUGUCAUGCUGUUCCUUGUCUCUAAAACCAAGAUUGUUACUCUUGAUGUGGCUGCCAAAAUACUGAUAGAAGAAAGCCAAGAUACGCCAGACCAUAGUAAAUUUAAAACAAAGGUACGACGCCUCUAUGACAUAGCCAAUGUUCUGACCAGCUUGGCUCUGAUCAAGAAAGUGCAUGUAACAGAAGAGCGAGGCCGUAAACCAGCCUUCAAAUGGAUCGGGCCUGUGGACUUCGGUUCCAGUGGUUACGAAUGCCAUAAUUUUACGAAACUGGAACAAAAGAGGCUAUUAUCUUCUACUUACUUCACAGAUGAAGAACUAGCAGAUAUUUCUGCAUCUGUCUUACCAGAAUUGAAAAGAGAAACAUAUAGUGAGAUUCAAGUCUGUGCAAAACAGAAGCUGGCUCGACAUGGUUCUUUUAACACAGUUCAGACAUCUGAGAGGAUUCAGAGGAAAGGGAACUCGGAACCCAGCAGCCCAUUCAGAGUAAAACGAGGUAGUUUCUUAGAAAUUGGAAGUCUGGCAGCAAUUUACCGACAGAAAAUAGAAGACGAUUCAAAGGAGAAAGCCUUUGAGAGAAACAGAGUGAUGCCUCCAGCAAGCAGCCUGGACCCUGCUGCUCCUUUCCCUGUCCACUCUGUUGACUCAGAAUAUUGUAUUAAUCCCUUAGCUCACCAAGUAUUUUCUGGGCCUCAAACGGACUUGCAGUCCUUCUUCGUACAGAAUGGUCUGAAUGGACAAGUAGGUGGCUCACUCGCUUCCACAGCCUCAGACGUGGAGAGCCUGAAGCCAGCCCUGUUGUCCGGCCAGCCCUUGUUGUACGUGCCCUCCACCUCGCUGUUCAUGCUGUACGGGAGCCUGCAGGAGGGACCACCCUCAGGGUCAGGGUCAGAGGACAGCAGAAGCUCAGAAGUCUCAGCAGCUGCAGAGCUGUCAUCCACACCCUCAGUUCAGAAGCGCCUGGGUGAGGAAAGGAAGCUUCAGGGGGAGGAGGAGCCAGCCACUAAAAGACAAAGUAGGGACUAUGAAGAUGGCCCUCUAUUCCUUGUUGUGCCCAAGAAACCCUCAGAGUCCACAGACAUUGCCUCUUCCAAGACCGUGGGUAACAGGGGAUGUGUGCCCCUUGAAGACAUGCACUUGAAUAGCCAACUCCCUGCUGAAAAGGAAGUUUCAGGAAAGGAUAUGGCAAACAACUUUGUUUCUUCCGAGCGGGGAAAUACUCCAAGAAAUACAGAGGAUGAAAAGCCUUCAAAAGAAAAUGAAGGCACCAAAGAGCCUUCUUUGCUGCAAUAUCUUUACAUGCAGUCACCAGCUGGAUUAAAUGGUUUCAGUGUGCUCUUAUCUGGCAGUCAGACCCCCAGUGCUGUGGCACCAUCUUCAGGUCAGCUGCCAUCCCUCAGUGUCCCCUGCAUUGUCCUACCGUCUCCAACGCUGGGCCCGUUUCCUGUUCUCUACUCUCCCACAAUGGCCCAGCCAGCUUCCUCUGCUCCUGGCAUUCUCCCAAACACGGGAUCUGUGAAUUUUGGCCUGCCUGGCCUUGGAUCAGCAGCUCAUCUUCUUAUCAGCCCUGCAGCUAUGGUUAAUCCAAAAUCAUCGACACUCCCUUCCACAGACCCUCAGCUUCAGGGUUCUCGCUCACUUAGCCUGAGUCCAAUGGUGUCAGAAUCACACAAUGUCAUCCAGCCGGAAUCGCCCGUUUACAGAGGACAUCCAGUCUCUGUGGUGAAACAACAGUCACCAGCUCCAGUGACACCCACAAGCAUUCAACGCACACAUCGUGAGACAUUCUUCAAGACACCUGGCAGCCUCGGAGACCCUGUCCUUAGGAGAAGAGAAAGCAAACAGUCUCGAAACACCAGCUCAGCACAGAGAAGACUCGAAAUACCCAGCAGUGGGGCUGAGUGACCUGACACUUUGCCAGAUGGGGGUGGCAUCAGACCACUUGAAUUUCCCUGUGUUACAGGUCAUGUCCAAAUGCUAAGCGGAAAGCAGAAUGCAAACCAUCGGUUGGUUCUUCAGCUCACAUCCUUCCUCUCUUUCAUCCACUCGUUCUAAUGUAAACUUCCCAUCAUCAUGAAUCAUCAUCUAUUUUCCUGAAAGUAAUUGUUAUUAAUUGUGCAUUUAAUACCAGUUAGAGUCCAGACUCUGCCUGGUGUCACAGUGAAAGCACCGACUGACUUGUGGUUUUGCUUCAAGAAUCAUUGCUGGAAGUAGAUCUGAACAGGCUACUGGUGCCUUGUGGUUUUUCUAAAGGCGGGGCCCGUCUAGCACUUAACUGGGGUGAGCGUUCUUGACAUGUAUUUCCACUCGCCCUGAGUAGAUUUGCGGAGAGAGAAACUUCCUUUCUGUAGCUUAAAAAAACUGCUGCUUCCUUAGGCUUCGUCAGGAAGCCAGCUUCAGUUGUGAAUCCUAUGGUAUUAUUUAUUUUGUUCCUGAAAUGGGAUUUAGUGCAAAAAGUUUACAACUAUAGCAAAACAUGUUUUUCAGGGUAUGACGACUUGAAUGUUUGUACUUUUUCCUGUAAUUUGCCCUGCACUUACUUUACAACCUAGUAAUAAUGUGGGUAAAUGUAUAUACAUGACAGAAUGUCAAGACCAAAAUAACUGUGAAUAACACACCUUGCUACAAUGAACUGUGCUAACCCUAUCAGGGCAUGAGAACUAACAUGAACUCUAGCAGCCUAGUAGGUGCUUCUCAAAUAACUGUGGACAAAAAAAAAUCCUACGAUGUUCAGUUUUCUUCACUACAUGCCCCUGUGGGUUUUUUUAUUUAAAUGUUAACGGUAGAGUAUCAGGUAUAGAUGAUGCCUUCUAAUAAUUACUGUUUAUUGACUAAAUCAGGAUUUUAGAAAGGAAUUAUGUGGAAAAUUGGAACCUGGAUGGGACCUUUAGGUAGAAUUCUGAAGAGUUAUUGUAGAAAUUGCGAUAGCAAAAUCGGUGAUUAUUUUUUCUUUUACCUUU